GGAAGCGGCGGCCAGGCCUGCGCUGGCGAGCGCCGCGCACGGCCGGGGCCCGGGCCGCGACCACCAUGGCGGGGUCCGGCUGGGCGCCCCCGCGCCUCGACGGCUUCAUCCUCACCGAGCGGAUGGGCAGCGGCACGUACGCCACGGUGUACAAGGCCUACAGCAAGAAAGAUACCCGGGAGGUGGUGGCUGUCAAGUGUGUGAGCAAGAAGAGUCUGAACAAGGCGUCGGUGGAAAACCUGCUGACCGAAAUCGAGAUCCUCAAGGCCAUCCGGCACCCACACAUUGUAGAGCUGAAGGAUUUCCAGUGGGACAAUGACAACAUCUACCUCAUCAUGGAAUUCUGUGCUGGCGGUGAUCUGUCCCGCUUCAUCCGGACCCGCCGCAUCCUGCCUGAGAAGGUGGCUCGCAUCUUCCUGCAGCAGUUGGCCAGCGCCCUUCAGUUUCUGCACGGCCGGAAUAUCUCUCACCUGGAUCUGAAGCCCCAGAACAUCCUGCUGAGCUCUCUGGAGAAGCCUCACCUCAAACUGGCCGACUUUGGCUUUGCCCAGCACAUGUCCCCAUGGGAUGAGAAACACGUGCUUCGAGGUUCCCCACUCUACAUGGCCCCUGAGAUGGUGUGUCGGCGGCAGUAUGAUGCCCGGGUGGACCUCUGGUCUGUUGGCGUCAUCCUAUACGAGGCUCUUUUUGGCCAGCCGCCCUUCGCCUCCAAGUCCUUCACAGAGCUGGAGGAGAAGAUCCGUAGCAACCGAGUCAUUGAGCUUCCCACUCGGCCCCAGCUCUCCCGAAAUUGCCGAGACCUGCUCCAGCGGCUCCUGGAGCGGGACCCCGACAAGCGCAUCUCCUUCAAAGACUUCUUCAGUCACCCCUUUGUGGACUUGGAGCAUAUGCCGAGUGGACGGAGCCUGGAGCAGGCGACUGCACUGGUUGUGGAUGCUGUUAAGAAGGACCAAGAAGGAGAUGUUGCGUCUGCCCUGUCUCUCUACCUCAAGGCUCUAGACUACUUUGUUCCAGCUUUACACUACGAAGUGGAUGCCAGGCGCAAGGAGGCGAUAAAGGUGAAGGUGGCACAGUACAUGUCAAGGGCCGAGGAGCUCAAAGCCCUGGUCAGCUCCUCCAACCGGGCCCUUCUCCAGCAGGGCACCUGUGCCCGGGACCUCCUCAAAGAGAUGGCCAGAGACAAGCCACGACUCCUGGCUGCCCUGGAGGUGGCUUCAGCGGCUGUGGCCAAGGAGGAGGAGGGCCAGGAUGAUGGUGACGCCCUGGACUUGUACCAGCAGAGCCUCGGGGAGCUGUUACUGCUCCUAGCAGCCGAACCUCCAGGGAGGAGACGGGAGCUGUUGUACGCUGAGAUCCAGACCCUGAUGGGCCGAGCAGAGUACCUGAAGGAGCAGAUCAAGAUGAAGGAGACUCAAUGGGAGGCUGAGUCUGUGGACAAAGAUGGGCUGUCCGAGUCUGUCCGGAGCUCCUGUACACUGCAGUGAUCUGUGGGCCGCAUCCUCUGAAGGCCCUCUGGAGUCCUAUCAUCAGAUGCCAGCCUUAAGGAGGGUGGCAGGGGCAAGGGGGCUGGGCAGAUACAUGCAGACCUCUGGGAAAUCAGGGUACACACCAUCCUGGGGAGAGUGGUCCUGGGCAGGGUUGGGGGAACUCUAGGAUUCUACCUCCUACCCCGGGAGAGGGGAAUUGAGGGUCCCAUUUCUGACCAACAAGGUCCUUCUGUCUACUGGACUUCCUAAUCUCAUUCUUGUGUUCCCCCUACAAUAAACUCUUAGGGCCAGGCCCCAGGGGGAUUCCCUGGAAGAAGAGGGUUCUGUUCUCCACGUGUUUCACUCCAGUACCCUAUGGGACUCCUUCCUCACUGGAGUCCUGACCCUGUUCUCUUCCGACAUCUUGGCUAACCGUGGGUGCUUUGUUGAGUGGGCUGAGUUCCCUAAGCAUAGCUGGAGGGUUUCUCUGUCACUCCCCCUCUCCCCAAACCCGGAAGGGCAUUGUGUGAGCACUUCUGACCGCAGAUAGAUGCCCAACUGGGGAUUGUCUCCCUAACACUAUUCUCCUUUGAUCUGGAGGUCUUUUAUUAUUUAGGUCAUAGGAGCCUAGUUCAGGCCUAGUGGGCCGGACCAUGCUCCCUGGUUGUGGCCAAACAGACCCUCCCAGGGAUCAGGGAGAGUGAAACUGACCUCACUUUGAUGAGCCUGGCUAAAGAGUGGGCCCGAUUUGUUUUGGUUGUUGUUUCAUUCUUGCUGCUUUCCUAAAUGGAGUGUGGGCCCCUACAGAACACCUCAUUGGGGUGCCCGUCCCUAACCUGGCCUCACCCAGCCAGCCCACUCUUCCUAGCGCUGUGCUGAAUCCUCAGCCUUGGACAAACCCUUCCCUUUGGACUUUCCUGGCUGGUGCCCAUGGCCAUUAGCCGGAGUCAACAUGCACUGAGAUCCCCUUCUCAGGGUCCCCUUGGAAUCAGAGCAUCCUUCCCCAACAGCUAGUCUUGUUAGCUGCGUCGGAGACAAUCUUGGUUUCACAAAAUAAUAAUCCUUUAAACUUGAAACCUCACCUGUACUUACCAGAAGUCAGUUCAGUGGCAGGUAUGUGGUAAUAGAGAAAGGAUCAGGAGGUGGCAGACUGCUUUUCAAAAAUUGGAUCCCAUCCCGGGGAAGCAAGGGACGGGUGUGGGGAAGAGAGAGACACUCUCCUAAGCCUGGGCUGCAUCACUUCCCCACACUAAAUUCACUGCAAGGAUAAAGAAGAGACUUUGGGGGUGCUCGGGGCUGCAGUGACUGAAGGUGGCUGUUUGUGGGGCGGGUUGGUCUCUGUCUGAAUAGUUUCAGACGCAGCCCAGGCACAGGAGUCAAACCCACCCUUGACUGACUACAGGAUUUCCAGCAAGGCUCUUUGGACUUCACUUUGCUCAUCUGUGAAAUGGGAGUGAUACCCUGAUAAGCUGCCCUUCUCCCCUGACAGGACCAUUAAAAGGAUUGAAUGAGAUGAAAGCACCCAGGGAAUACAAAAUGCUUUGCUAGUGGGAGACAGCAUCGUGAUCCCUUUGGGUUGGUUUAAAAACAAAACAGAACCAACCCCUGGAGAGAGUGCUGUGAUAACAACUAAUAUUUAUGUGGUGUUUGAAGGUUUCCAAAGGGCUUUAUACACAUUACCUUGUUCCAUCCUCACAACAACCCAGUGAGGUAGGUGCUAUUUAUACUCCCAGUCUAUAGAUAAAGAAAACUGAGUUGGAGAGAGGUAGUAACUUAACCUGGGGUCACGUUGAUAGUACGGAUCUAUGGCAGAAUUGCCCUCCCAUCCAUGGUCUGGCUUUAUUGUUUUCUCAAUUAAAUUAUUUUCUAAAUCACUGGUC